AUGGAUGCACAAGAAUAUUUGCAGCAAGUCUCAUCAUUGUUUAACUCCUUCGACGCGGAGGUGCUUCUCAGAGCAGGCAAUGUACCCGUCGGGAGUGCACUCGAAGCUGUGAACAGGCUACGGUGCGAGUUGGAAAUUCUCGAUCUUUUGAGACCUGCAUUGACCGCACUGUCGCCAGAUUUUACGACCUUUGAGCCACAUAUCCUAGUAAGACUCAGACGAUUUCUUGUCUACGUAUUCGGGACACGAAAUGAUCCCAAGACUGAGGCCAUUCGAAAACUGGAUUGCACGUCCGUCAAAAUCUGCGGAUUAUGUCUCACACAGAAAGGCCUCCGAGAUCUGAAACUCGAGCAACUGGAUGUGCUUAUACGAAGGACUGAGGUGGCCUCUAGACAUCUGCUUCAUGUUAUCGCUGGAAAUGAUGACAUUGACAAGGUAGUACGACUGUGCAAUGUCGAAGGCGACGAGUAUGAGCAGUUUUUUAACGGUAAGGACCCCAAACCUAUGUCUGCAAUUCAACUAAGAAACCUAGAUCACAAGAAAGUCCGGCGAGUAGGCAAGGGCUCGACUCAAUUGGCUGUGCAAUAUUCCUUGGCCGGACAGGGGUGCUGGUGCUUCACCGGCGUUUCUCAGAAAGCGAUCCACGCUUCAUUUGCCAUUCCGACAACAAGUGCCGUUCGAGACAUAACAACGUUUUUGCCAGUAGACGAGCGGUAUGAUGGUAUCAUGAGGAUGACUGUUGGCUUCGACACUGAGCUGCUUAGGACACUAUUUGGGCACCAAUUACCGCAGCCUAUCGUUUCAGAACCCUUUGCGCUGGAACGCGCGAUUAAAAGUCAGAUUGGCGCGGUUCUGGGCAGUACUGUGGUACGCGGCGUAACGACAACCCACACAUGGGCAAAGGAGAUACAAGAUGGGCUGGCAAUUGAGACAUCUUGUGUCAGUGGCCACAUUUAUCCCGGCUCCUGCAUCAUUGUCACGUUGCGCAUCGGCUGGAGAGAAUCCCCCUUUCGCCAAGACGCGUAUGCCCGCUGGGACUUUGAUCUGUCCACUACCGUGGGUAUCCCAUACAGUUAUGCCCUUCUCAUCUUUGAAUAG